AUGGCUGCUUUAACUGAAAUCGAAAUUCCUAGGAAUGAAUAUGGCGAUUUUGAGGCAGAGAUUGAUAAUUUCAGCGUGGAAGAAGAAUUGCCUUUAUUUUUAAAUUCAGUUCUCGACCGGGCAGAUGCUGUAAUAAAUGCUAACAGCAGACAUAUAAAUGAAGUAGAGGCAUGUCUGACUGUUGUUGAUCGAACCAUAAGCCUUUUAGGAUUGAUACGCCAAGAGGUUGACGAGGAUGACAGGCAGGAAUGGUACGCAAUUGAAAGCUGCUUUACAUUUAUAUUACAAAACUUACAUAGCCAUAUGUCGGAACUUGCUCGUAGACCAACAACACUGACUAUGCAAAGCUGUAAUGUUGAGCAUACUAGAAGACCUGGAAGACCUGCAUUUCAUGUACAACCUGAAAUGUUAGAAGAGCUUUUGGGUUUAGGUUUCAGUAAAGAAAAAAUUGCAAAGAUGUAUGGCGUUUCACGAUGGACAAUAUAUAGACGAAUUCAAGAGUACAACCUGCUUCAUUUAAGUGAAUUUAGCAAUUUAUCUGAUGCAGAAAUUGACGAAGUACUAAGAGAUUACACAAGUCGUCAUGGAAGAACAACCGGGGAAGUGUUGAUAAUGGGGUACCUUCGCUCCCGUGGUAUACAUUUGCAAAGAAGAAGAGUUCGCAAUAGUAUGGCCAGAAUUGAUCCAGAAAAUGCUGCAUUAAGAUGGGGAGCUGCAGUUUAUCGUAGACGGUAUCAAGUUCCGUGGGCCAACUCACUGUGGCAUCUUGACGGACACCAUUCUUUGAUAAGAUGGGGGUUAGUCAUACAUGGAUGCAUUGAUGGCUUCUCAAGAAGAAUAAUUUAUCUUCAUUGCAGCUCAAACAAUCUAGCUAGCACAGUAUUAACCCUGUUUCUUGAUGCUAUUGAGAAAGAUGGAGAACUGUGGCCAUCCCGUAUUCGAGUAGACCACGGGGUAGAAAAUGUAUUGGUGUGUGAAGCUAUGGUGGAAGCCCGGGGAGAAGGUCGAGCCAGUUUCAUUGCUGGACCAUCGACCCAUAAUCAGAGAAUUGAGAGACUUUGGAGAGAUGUAUUCCGUACAGUUAGCCACUACUUCUAUUAUGUAUUUUAUGCGAUGGAAGAUUCUGGAAUCCUUAAUACUACAAAUCCACUUCAUGUGUUUGCAUUACAUAUUGUUUUUCUGCCAAGAAUCAAUCUAGCUCUCCAGGAGUUUGUGGAAGCAUAUAAUCAACACAAAGUUCGUACAAUGCAUAAUUGGUCGCCUUACCAAGUAUGGAUAAAUAGCAUAUUAAAUGCAGAUAACCCAUUGCUACCUGGACAACCUGACCCACUCCCUGAAAAUGCGGAGUUUUAUGGGUUUGAUCCACAUGGACCGAACCCAUUUGAUGAAAGUGAUAAUGAUGUUGUUGUCCACCCAAUAAACAUUGAAAAUGCAACUAAUAUACAGUCAGAAAUCUUGCAGGUUGUAAACCCUUUGGCACCUUCAAAUGAAAUGGGAAUUGACAUUUAUGAAGAAGUUUUAAAUUUACUACAAAUACAAUAG